AUGGACAUCGGCCCCGACAAGUCGCUGGUCAUUAUCCUGAAGCUGAGUGCCGCCAAACUCUCCGGUUUUCCACGUGCCCUCUCAUUGGCAGUCGAACAGAGCAGGAAGCGCAAGCGAGGUUCUGCAUAUUCCCAGAAUGGGACCAACAAAAUUGAAACUGAUGGCGGUAAGCUGGACGAAGGCCAAGACGAGAUCGCAGAUCAGAGCAAGAAGCGCAAAACAGACCAUCGGGGGCCAAUGAACCUCCAAGACGACAUUCCCUAUCUUCUUGAUUUUGCUCAGAGGCUAAGUAAUAUGGAAACGUACAACACCAAGCGGGUCGCAGACCUUGCGGAGAAGGAUGAGAAGCAGCGCCUUAGAGCCAAAAACGGCGAACUUCAGUUAGAAGCAGCGACGGGGAAAGACGAAAAGCGCCGCCUCGUAACUGAAAUGGAAAACUGGAAAGCAGACGCAACGCUGCAGAAAGAAGCGAAGAACCGCCUGGCGGCCGAGAAAGAAGGUCUCGAGGUAGAAGCAGCGCUAGAGGGAUGA